AUGGACCGGAGUCGGUCAUCGGAUGGAGCCCCCAUCAAAAGCUCGGUAUAUACCAACAUCGACCAUGCCCCGGUCUCUUCGGUGCUGCCGAACGGCGACGUCCCGUACACGGACCAUGCGAUGGAUGCAGAUGAGAGGGUGAUCACGGCGUUAGGAUACAAGCAGGAGUUCAAGCGCGAGUUCUCGCUGUGGACCACGUUCUGUGUCAGUUUUGCGGUUCUGGGCCUGUUGCCCUCGUUCGCCAGUACACUCUACUAUGGAAUGGGCUACGCUGGCACGGCGGGUAUGGUCUGGGGCUGGAUCAUUGCUAUGCUUUUCAUUCAAUGCGUUGCAAUGUCGAUGGCCGAGCUAUGCUCCGCCAUGCCUACCAGCGGCGGACUCUACUAUGCAGCAGCAGUACUUGCGCCUCCAAAGUACGGCCCUUUUGCGGCAUGGAUCACGGGCUGGUCCAACUGGAUCGGUCAAAUUACUGCAGCACCGUCCGUGGACUAUUCCCUCGCUGCGAUGAUCCUAGCCGCAGGCUCCAUCGCGAAUCCCGGCUAUGUACCCACGACCUGGCAUACUUUCCUCUUGACCACGCUGAUCAUGAUCAUCCAUGCCGCCGUCAGUAGUAUGCCAACCAAAUGGGUGGCGCAGUUCAACUCGUACGGGUCAACAUUCAACAUGCUGGCCUUGAUCGCCGUCAUCAUCGCCAUUCCGGCGGGUACCAAGAACGAACCCAAGUUUCAACCAUCCAAGGAGGUCUGGGGGACCAUCACCAACCUGACCGAUUUCCCAGAUGGAGUGGCUGUUCUCAUGACUUUUGUCGGCGUCAUCUGGACCAUGUCGGGUUACGACUCCCCGUUCCACCUGAGCGAGGAAUGCUCCAACGCAAAUAUAGCUUCGCCGCGCGCAAUUGUCAUGACGUCCGGGGUGGGUGGCUUGAUGGGCUGGUUCCUGCAGCUGGUCGUCGCCUACACCGUGCUGGACAUCGAAGCAGUGAUUGACUCUGACCUCGGCCAGCCCUGGGCCUCCUAUUUGCUACAGGUGAUGCCCCGGAAGACCGCCAUGGGCAUUCUCGCCCUGACGAUUAUCUGCGGAUUUUCUAUGGGCCAGGGCUGCAUGGUGGCCGCAUCCCGGGUGACGUACGCGUACGCACGAGACGACUGCUUCCCCUGGUCCCGGUACUGGAAGAAAGUCGACCCUCGCACGCACACACCGGUGAAUGCCGUGAUCAUGAACGCCGUCAUUGGGAUCCUUAUGUGUCUGCUGAUCCUAGCCGGCGACGUGGCAAUCGGGGCGCUGUUCUCCAUCGGCGCCAUUGCUCAAUUCGUUGCCUUCUCCAUCCCCAUCGCCAUCCGGGUCUUCUUUGUCGGAAACCGCUUUCGUCGCGGACCCUGGCAUCUGGGGCCCUUUGGGCGCGUCAUCGGAGGCCUCGGCGUGUCGUUCGUGCUGCUGAUGAUCCCGAUUCUGUGUCUUCCCAGCGUCACGGGUGGGAAUCUGACGCCGGAUCUGAUGAACUGGACGUGCCUCGUGUACGGCGCGCCGAUGCUGGCGGUCGGCAUCUGGUGGGUGGUCGAUGCGCACAAAUGGUUCACGGGGCCCAAGGUUAAUGUGGAGCAUGCCAUUCACUCCAUGGAGGAUGAAACCGCUAUCGUGGAUGUGGGGGUCGAGGUUGAAGAUAGUGAGUCUGACGGUGAUCAACCGAGUCUGAUGCAAGGGUCAAGGAAAUUGUCCAAGAAGUAG